CGUUACACAAGAACCAUCACUUUCCAAGCCUGGCGGAAAAACGGCGUGCGAUUCUAAAUGUCAUCUGUCUAUAUCUCUUGUGAACAGUUGCCCUCCCUCAGAACACCCUUUCUCAGAGGCCGAGGACGGUUUAGGAGAUAAGAGAAAUCAUCUUAAUGGUUGCCGAAAUGAGUCUGGAUUCAAAUCACGCGGUGUCAGGCUCAAGGGCAGAGAUAAAGAGGAAUUGGACCUGGCUCUUUAGAAGAGUGAAAGAUAAACCGCGUAAGACCUGCAACGUUUUGGGGUCAAGGCCAAUGGACCGGGAGCAUCCCAAGGCCCGCUGCUUCAGGACCCAUGUGAUGUUUCACCACAAGGACCGGGUAAGGAUGGAGCCGCCGGUAGACUCGCUUGCUGAGGGGAGCGAGGGAGGACUCAAAGAGCUGACACUGAAGUGGUUCACCGAGACACAGACGCCGGUUAUUCUCCAAAACGGCACCUUCCCCUCCUGGUUCCAGGGCUUCAUCAGCAGGAGGGAUGCUGAAGAAACCCUCCAGGACAAGGAACUGGGCUGCUUCAUGAUCCGCCUCAGCGAUAAGGCCAUCGGGUACAUACUCUCCUACAAAGGCAGGGAUCGGUGUCGGCACUUCGUGAUAAACCAAAGCAAAACGAAACAGUUCAUUGUGCUCGGCGACACGGAGGUACACGACACAAUUUCCGGCCUGAUCGAGUACUACAAGGCCAACCCCAUCGAGCCGUUCGGCGAGUACUUGACAUCUUCGUGCGGCGAGACGUUUACGGAGCUGUAUGACAUCAUCCAGGUCAGCCCCAAAGAAAAGCCCGCGGCCACUGUCAGAGCUGCAAAGAAUGUGCAGGCCCAGCACAGUCAUAGCGGCUCAGAGAAACCUCCCACUCUGCCGCCAAAGAACAGCAGCACGGCUCAGUUCAACAGCCCGGUUUGUUUCGUCAAACAGGAAGUACAGCCCUUACCGAGACGCAACGUGCCCCUCGUGAAGGGCCCCCCGGACGAGCCGAGCGACCCCCCGGGUAAAGUGCUGUACGCUCAGCUGGAGAAGCUGAGAAGUAGGGGGAUAACCAGAGCCCAACACAGCGGUCAAGAAGAUUUACCCGGAGUACCCCCGGGGAGGGCCGAGAGGUGCGCAAAUCCCAGCCAGGCCUGCCGAGAGGAGAGCGUCAGCUGGGAUAGUCCAGCCCCAAGAUCAGGCAUUAUUUACUCUCAGAUAAGCUCACUGGACUGCAAGAGCCGGUCCCUGCCUCUUCUGGACAACAGCUUGGACAAUCAGAAUUCUCACAGGCUAAGUGCAUCCUCGCUUACCCCGCCUCGGCUGUCCCCCAAAUCCCCCAGACAACCCGCGAACCACUAUGCCCUGCCCCUGGUGCCGAGGGGGAUGUCCAGCAGUCCGGCCGGCAGCCACAGUCUCGACUACCUUUGCAACAGCCCUAUUUACUACUUAGCCGGCAGACCCGGGAACCAGGUGACCGCCAACGAGAGACGGCCACUCACACCAGAACAAGACAACGUUUACACAUCCGCCGAGGUCCCCAGUCAAUUCAGCCAGACCCGCUUCCUUCUGGACAACACGUACGAGCAGAUCCCCGGGCACGGACUCACGAGGGAAGCACCCAAGUCCGAACCUCGCAACAACAUGUACGAGUCCCUGGCCGCCCCCAGGCCUAAAUACACAGUCCCAUCCGGUGGGAUCAAGAACGACAAAUGGAAACGGUUCUUCCCCGAUCCCAAAAAGAAAUGAGGAGUUGAGGUUGUUAUACCGGCUACUGGAGAAAACCACUAAGAUGACACUAGCACCACUCUCUAACUGUACCGGCAUUGUGUCCUUUGUGAAAUUUACAUAAGAUUAUGUUUGUUGAUAUCUAUUCAGGCUGACAACAAAUGCUCUGUGCACUUCCGUUUUUUUAACGCAUGUUAAAAAAAAAAGAUAAAGAUAAAAGAUAAAACUUCCGGGUAUGUGCUGGACACUGUACAAAUACCGUGAAUCAAUAUUUAUUAAACAUUGCU